AUGAGGCCACCAGAAUUCCUGCCAGCGCCGCGAAAUCCAGCGAUUACGUGGAUGCAAUGGCGCAAGCUGUUUGAAAAUUAUCCGCUGGCCUCGGGGAACAAGGCCCACCCUACUGGUCACCGCCAAGUGCUUUUGCUGCGCUGUUCGGCCGUGGAAGGUCAGCGCAUUUUCUACGCAUUACCAGAACAACAGUCAUCGGCUUCGACAGGAAAAGAGCAAGAUACGGGCACGGCCCAGAAGACGACGUGCGAACAGGAUGAAUUUACCAUCGCUUUGGCAAAGCUCAAAGAUUACUUCGUCGCAACAACUAAUAUCGUUGUUGAGCGGCAGCGGUUCCGCCAGCGUGCUCAACUGCCGGGGGAAUCGGUGGUUUCGUUCGUCACAGGUCUACGUGAGCUUUCUGUUACAUGUGACUUUGGUACACAGUUGGAAGAAUUCAUUCGGGACCAGCUCGUGGAAAAGACUGGCCACCGCCAGCUACGGGAACGACUACUGCUAGAAGGUUCCGCUCUGACUUUGCAACGUGCGCUCCACAUUGCCAGAAUCAUGGAAGCAACGGAACAACAUUCCCUGCAACUUACCCCAUGUACGGAUGUUCACGUAGUGCACCGCCUUGCAUCGUCAUCAUUCAUGCGACGGGAGUGCUCUGCGGUCUCUAGAGCGGUGCUAGACCAGCCACCUCAAGAAUUUGUUGGCGCUGCGGCUCCCCGAGGCACAUGUCGCAUCGCUGUUCAGGCAUGUUUCGGCGCUCCCGUUGUGUUCCGCGACCGCCAGGCAGACGUGCUUUUCUAUGUCGUACCUGAAGGGACGGCCAUCAUGGGGUUGGACGCCAUCAUCGCCCUGCGUUUGCAAAUCGAUGGCAGUGCAUCAGCGAUAACGGGCUGA